UGUGUGGCAAGUGAGGCUCAGAGUCAAGAUCUCUAAAACUGCUUCCCCGAGGGCCCUCCACCUGAGUCUGAUUGUGCCUGGGCAACGGUAUCUAGGAGACAAGAAACGGAGGGCGGGGCCCAAGGGGCGCCUGGGCGGAGGUGCGCACUGGGGCCCUGGGAGCGAGCCUGGCGAGAGGCGCAUGCCGGGUCUCAGCGCAGCGCUUCUCCUGAGCGUGGGGCAGCUGGGGCCCUCAGCCGCCUGGUUCCGCCAGGAGGGCGGCUCGGAGUGCAGCUGGCACCGGAAGACGCAGCCGCCUGAGCUCCGCCCUAGUUCCCCGUCCCAGUGGCCCUGGGCAUGCAGCUCCGAGUUCCGGCCACCAGGGAAGCUGCAAUGGCUUGGGCCCGCCUCUGCCGGGCCCGAGGGGUCAGACUACGGCGAAAGCCUUGGGGAUUGCAGCCCAUUGCAUGUGCGCCACCUAAGCACUGCCCGAGAGGCGUUCCUGCCCACUGCUCACGGCACUGCGGAUCCCCAUCCCGACUGCCCCCUGGUCCCCCAGACCCUGGAUGAGAACCUGCCUGAUGCCCUGCAGCCGCCUGAUGAUUCCCUUCUCCUCUGGAGAGGAUUCUCCAAGGGAUCUCAACACAUGGGCCGACUCAGAAACGCCAAAAUCCACGUAGAAAGAGCCGUCAAGCAGAAGAAGAUCUUUAUGAUUCAUGGCCGAUAUCCAGUGAUCCGGUGUCUCUUGCGCCAGAGGGGCUGGGUAGAAAAGAAGAUGGUCCAUCCCCCAGGCACCAUCCCACCACCAGCCCAGAAGGACAUAGACAGCUCAGUGAUGGGUGAUAGUGAUACCACGGAGGAUGAGGAAGAAGAUGAGAACGAGUUGUUUCGGGACACACAGCUGUUGGACUUAAAUAGUUUUCUGGAAUUUGAUGACCUAGAAGGGACGCAUGCUUUGAUGUCCCGCAUGGUUCGAAAUGAGACCCCCUACCUCAUCUGGACUACGAGGCGUGAUGUGCUGGAUUGUCGCCUCCUUUCCAAGGAUCAGAUGAUAAACCAUUAUGCCCGAGCAGGCUCCUUCACAACAAAGGUGGGCCUUUGUCUCAAUCUUCGGAAUCUGCCCUGGUUUGAUGAGGCUGACGCUGACUCCUUCUUCCCACGAUGCUAUCGCUUGGGGGCAGAGGAUGACAAGAAAGCCUUCAUAGAGGACUUCUGGCUGACAGCUGCCCGCAACGUUCUCAAGCUGGUGGUGAAGCUGGAAGGGAAGUCACAGUCCAUCUCCAUGCAGGCAAGAGAGGAGGAGGCCUUCGAAUACAUACAUCCCAAGAAGCAGAACAAAAGGGCAGUGACAGUGUCCGCAGACUUGGUGGAUGAGGCUUUGUGUGCAUGUGAGGAAUUCCUUAGCAGCAUAGCCCACAAGGACAUCGACAAGGACCCCAGUGCCCCACUGUACUUCAGCCCUGAUGGCUGGUCCCUUUUCCUCCAGCGCUAUUACCAAGUAAUCCAUGAAGGAGCAGAACUCAAAUACCUGGAGACCCAGGUCCAGCGCUCUGAAGACAUCCUGCAUCAGCUUCAGGCCGUGGUACCCCAGAUAGAGAUGGAAGGGGAUCGAAACAUCUGGAUUGUGAAGCCGGGAGCCAAGUCCCGUGGCCGAGGAAUUGUGUGUAUGGACCACCUGGAAGAGAUGCUGAAGCUGGUGGACUGCAACCCCAUGAUGAUGAAGGAUGGCAAGUGGAUUGUGCAGAAGUACAUUGAGCGGCCCCUGCUCAUCUUCGGCACCAAGUUUGACCUGAGACAGUGGUUCCUGGUGACUGACUGGAACCCACUCACUGUGUGGUUCUACCGAGACAGCUACAUCCGCUUCUCCACGCAGCCCUUCUCCCUGAAGAACCUAGACAACUCCGUGCACCUGUGCAACAACUCCAUCCAGAGACACUUGGAGGCCUCCAUUCACCGGCACCCAUUGCUGCCUCUAGACAACAUGUGGUCCAGCCAGAGGUUUCAGUCACACUUGCAGGAGGUGGGCGCCCCAAAUGCCUGGUCCAAUAUCAUUGUGCCUGGCAUGAAGGCCGCUGUGAUCCACGCCCUGCAGACCUCCCAAGACACUGUCCAGUGCCGGAAGGCCAGCUUCGAGCUCUACGGGGCCGACUUCGUGUUUGGGGAAGACUUCCGACCUUGGUUGAUUGAAAUCAAUGCCAGUCCCACCAUGGCGCCUUCCACAGCUGUCACAGCUCGCCUCUGUGCUGGUGUGCAAGCAGACACGCUGCGCGUGGUCAUCGACCGUCGACUGGACCGAAGCUGUGACACGGGAGCCUUUGAGCUCAUCUAUAAGCAGCCUGCUGUAGAGGUGCCCCAGUAUGUGGGAAUCCGGCUUUUGGUGGAGGGCUCUACCAUCAAGAAGCCCAUGAGUCAUCGGCGGACAGGGGUCCGCUCAUCACUCCCUCAUCUGCUGGCCCAGCAAGGCUCUGGGGAAGGCAAGGACUCAGGGUCCCCUACCUACAGGUCAGCUUCUAGGAAAGACGCUUGCGCCAGGAGCUCGGGACACACUGAGAAGGAGAAGCAAGACUCUACUGCCACCAUCUCGGUCCCUGGAAAGGGGAAGAAAGCCGAGGUAGCAGGAAGUAUAAGGACGCUGCCUGAGGUUACACAGCUCAGAAGGGGCAGAGUUUGUAUGCAGACCCAGGUCUGUUGGAACCCCAACCCUAUGUCUUUCCACUACCUCUGGAGGAGGAGGAGGAGGCGCUGGGAGGGGCUCCAUCUGCACUUGCCUCCCAUCCCCUGCCUCUGCACAUACCCUGGGGGACAGCGGGUUAGCCUGGGGCCUUGCUCAGAUCCUCACAGCUUCCCUUCUCCCACAGACCCUUCCCACUUCCCUAGCAUCUAUGACAAGGCCUGGCUGCCUUCUCCCCGUGUGCUCCAACCCCAGAGCCAGGUCCUCAGACUACAGCAUGGCCAGCUGGUGGGCUCUGAGGCUCUGUCAACCACAGGCAAGGCCUUGAUGACUCUACCUACUGCCAAGGUUCUGAUGUCCUUACCACCUCACUGUGACCUCAAGGUGGCACCCAGCAUGCUGAAGCCAGGAAAGGUGGGCCUAGAGCUAUGCCUCACACCCUGGAGGGUAAUGCUGAGCAGUGGGAUCCCAGCUAAAGGGCAUAGGCAGAGGGCAGAACCCAGACCAUGCAGCGCCCCAGGGAAGGGCUUGUCUUCUCCAGAACCCUGCUCCAAGACAGAGGCCUGAUCAUCUCUCUCCCUCCCCUCCUUUACACCGAGGCUACUAUUCCCUUGAACCUUCGAGGCCCCCACUUUGGAUGUGCCUCGUAUCCUCUGCCCUUUGAAGUUGGACCUCUUCCUAGAACCCACAGGAAAGUCAAGGCCAAAGGCAAGUUCAAGGCCAAACUCUUCGACAAACCCAGGGUUGAGGCAUACCCCAACAAGUGGCUGAACCUCUCCAAUCCCUUGACUUUUAUUUUGAAGUCCCAGAGACUGAGGACCAAGGGGGCUAUGAGGCUAGAGAAACUCCUGCUCUGAUUUUCGCUACCCCAUCCUGGACCCAGCAUCAAAUAAUAAUAAUUUUAAAAAAGCUAAGUAAA